AACGGAAAUCAUCAAUGAGUACUUGUAACGCCAAGCAGAGCGCACCUACAGCAAUACAAAUAGCUGAGCCUACAACUACAUCAACAUCGACAAGCAAGGUGCCACAGAAUCUGCAGGUGUUGGCCUCUAAGAAGUCAGAAGAAAAGCCAAUGAGUGCAGCGUCUGAACUUCGUGUGCCCGUUUGUGCAGAGUCCUCAUAUUCCGAAGGAAAAUCAAAUCAAGGCUUCUCCAAUGCAUCAAAAACAAGCAGCAGUAAUCGCGUAGUCCCUAAAGCAAAAGCAGUUUCUUCUAGCGAUCAGGAAAAACGAGGUCUCGGCCGCACCACGGGGGUCGCUGUGGAAAAGAG